UCCGGUUUCUAGAAAAAAGCAGACGCAUCGAGUUGAGGAUGGGAAAGACCAUUUUAGCGGACGAAUCAAUCCAGAGCUACAUAACAGAACUUCUCAGUAAAGGACAGUGGCAACUUGGACUUAUUAUAGGACAUUUUGCUCAGCAGAAAGAUUUUGCAGUACGUUUGAUUUGUUCACCAGAACCAGUAGAAGAUGAGGCCAGUGAAGAGGACGAAGAACCAAAAGAGAAAAAGAUUAAGACACCUCAAAAACCAGAAAAUAUGGCAGAUAGUGAUGAACGGUGGAUAGCUACACAUGCUCGCCAGGUUAACAGGAUGCUUCCAGGUGGUAUAGAUGUGUUGGGUAUAUUUGCAUUAGCUCCACCAAAUAUGAUGAUAUCAGCACAAACAAAAUUACGACAGAUUUUAUACCUGAUACAUAAAAGUUUAAGCAAAGGUCAGACACAACCAAACAGUACAUCAGAGAGGCAUUUACUGCAGAUAUGUUCUACCACCAGAAAAAUUACCUGUAGAUCAAUAGAUGUAGCAGACCAAAAGAGUGCAUUUAAACCAGCUGAUUGGAAACCACAGUCAGGAAGUGAAAAAUGGAUCAAAUUAAAGACAGAUAUAAAUUUGGAUCUCAAAAUAAAUGUUCCUGUAAAACAACAGAAUCAGAAUAUGCUUAAACAAAUACAGCAAGGACUUGUGCCAUAUUGUGAUAAUAUAUGCAAUGGAAUCAUAACAAUUAAUGGAGAAGUUCGAGAUGUGACAGAAGUUUUAGACCAGUCAGCGUCUGAAUCUAAAAGAAGUAAAGGAAGAGACAAAGGACAGACAUCACAACUUAUUCAUGACAUUGAUUUAUAUACACAACCAAUUUCAAAGGAGAAAAGGGAACCAGAAACCUAUGAUAGUGUUUGUAAACUGGUCAUACAAGGAGUGACUCAUGGUAGAGCAUUUGUGCAUAGUAAAGCUCUAGUAUCUGAAGCUAAACAAGCAAUUACCACAGACAUAAUCAGAAGUAUUCAUGCUAGAUGUGAGUUGUUGUGUGAAGAUAUAGAGGUGGUGGAAGAAGAAGGUAUCAAGAAGGAGUUAUAUGACACACCAAUCAGAGUAUUUGGUAAAUUACAUGGAUCAAGUCUUGACUUCUGUGAUUAUAAAUUCCAAGAUGAAAAAUUAGAAGAAGUAGCAGAUAGAAUAAAAGAACUUUUAGAUAUAACCAUAGACCCUGAUGAUCUGGAACUAGACUGUGAACAGGUUCCUUGUGAAGAGGAUUGGUCUAAAGAUAAAUCCCUAGAUCCAAUUGAUGACAGUAGUAAUGGGGCUUCUAAUACAUCUAGGUUUAAUAUGUUGACGGCGAUCGGAGGAGGUAUAGCUGUUGUGGCAGCUGGACUGUCCUAUAUGUUAUUUGGUGAUUCACAGACCUAAACUAUUAAAACAUAAUAUAUUUUUA